AUGCAGUUCUCUCGUGCUAUUGUUCUUGCCGCUACCGCCCUUAUCGCCGGUGUCUCUGCUGCUCCCUCCCAGAAGCUGGACACCCGCAACAUCUUUAGCGGUGGUAAGGCCACUUGGUACAACUCGGCUAUGAGCGAGGGUAACUGCGGUUGGUGGAGCACCAACGCCGACCACAUUGUCGCUCUUAACGCUCCUCAGUACGGCAGCACCGACAAGAAGAGCGAUCACUGUGGUCGUCUGAUUCGCAUUGUCAACGAGAAGAACGGAAACGUUGUGCACGCUGUCGUUGCUGACUCGUGCCCCGAAUGCGAGUUCGGCUCGCUCGACCUUAGCAAGGGUCUCUUCUCUGCUCUCGCUGACGGUGACAUGGACCUGGGUGAGUUCCCUAUUUCGUGGAGCUUCCUGAACUAA